AUGAUUUGCAUUGAUAAAAUCGAUGACGGCAUCUAUCUAGGAAACGAGGCAGCAGCCUCUCGUCUAGAUUUACUCAAAAACAAUGGAAUCUCUCACAUAAUUGUGGCAGGGAUUGAGCUGGAACCUCAUUUUCCAAUCCAUUUUAGCUACAAGAAACUUGAAGUACUGGACCGCAGCGAAGAAAAAAUCGAUAAAUACUUUGAAGAAUGUAAUGAAUUUAUUGAUGAAGCAAUUAACAGCAAUAACCGAGUAUGUUGGCUUAUAAAAAUUUAAAUGAGAUAAUAAUAGAAUUAUUGAUUAUUUUAUUGCUUAGUAUUAGCAAUUAGAAAAAAAUUUUUUUUCGAGAAAAAUUUUUUAAUUAAUUAAAUUAACCGAGUUUUUAUUCACUGCUACCAAGGGGUUUCCAGAAGCUGUUCUAUAGCAGCGGCUUAUUUAAUAUCCAAAAAGAAAUUCAGCCCUCGGCUUGCUUUAGAUUAUAUUAAAAGCAAGCAUUUUGAGUGCAACCCAAAUAAAGGGUUUUGUGAGCAAUUAGAAAGCUAUGGAAAGAGAAUUAACAUGAAGCGGGCUCAUCAAAAGAAUUCUACUUGUUGCCAAGUAUUUUAA